AUGAAUAAUAUAAAAGAUGCUAUUCAAUGUUUCAAUAUGAAUUCUUUAAAACCAACACUUAUAGAAGUUCGACAAUUAGAUGGAUCAAUUAUUAAAGUGAAUAAAUAUGGAUCAGAAAUUGAAAAAAAUGAUAAAUCUAAUCAAUUAGAAUCUAAUUUUUCUUCUUAUGGUUUUAUUCCAAAUUUUAAUCUGGAUUUACAAAUAGGAAAAAUAGAACUUCCAGAAUUUACAAUAUUAUUUGGUUCUGUUGAUGUAGCUCAAAAUUUAAAUUUAUUAAAAAUUAAUAAUGUUACACAUAUCAUUAAUCUUAUUUCAAAUAUAAUACCAAAUUAUUUUCCUGAAUAUUUUCAUUAUUUAUCACUUAUUGUUUAUGAUAAUUUAACAUUUCAAUUAAAUGAUAUUUUGAAUGAUUGUUUUAAUUUUUUAAAUAUUGUAAAACAAACUAAGGGUUGUUGUUUUAUACAUUGUGAAGCUGGUAUUUCACGUUCACCAUCUAUUAUAAUUGCUUAUUUAAUGAAAUUUUAUAAUUAUUCAUAUGAUAAUGCUUAUAAUUUAGUAAAUAAUUCUAGAAAUAUUUGUAUUAAUGUAAAUUUUAAAUCACAAUUAAUGAGAUUAAAUUGAAUAAGUAAUAUAUUUCGGUUUAUUUUGUGUUCUUUUUUUCCGGAAUGAAUUUCAUUUCUUACUUUCUUUCAUUAUUAUUAAAUUUACAAUUGAGACAAGUUAUGAAUGACUCGUAAGUGACUUUGAAGAUGUCUACCAACUUAUGGGGUCCUUCAUUUUGAUGUCAAUUAGAUCGGAUGAUGUUAUCGAUGAGAUCACCACUUUUGUAGCCCUAAUUCUGACUGUAGUUAGAUUGGACAAAUGAUCGUUAUUAAAUGAUUGCUAUCGAAAUAUAUAUUCCAAAUAUUCUCAUAUAUAAUUAUGGACUUAGUCCAUGUUAGUGAAUAAUGGAAUUAAGUAAGUCAAAUACGAGAAUGAAUUUCGAAUACGUGUAUUUCGUACAAUCUUUUAUCCAGACAAAAGAUUAGAUAAUCAAAGAGAAGAGAGUGAAGCGAAACGAGGCACAGUGGAAAAGGUGUAUGAAUCAACUCCAUUUAACCAAGCGUUAAUCUAUAUUUAUAGUCACACAAAAAUAACCUACAGAUAUAUGAUGAGUAGGAUAAGAAUUGCAUACACAUACGCUCAUCUAAAAACAGUCAGGGUUGAUAAGUGAAUAAUUAACAAGAUUAAAACAUGACUUAAGAAGUUUGGAUAAAUUGAUCUGUCCAGAGGCUAGAAUAAGGUAUGAGGGCUAAACAUAGUAACGGACAUUACAAACUUACUCGAACUAAAUAAGAGUUAUAAACCUGUGUAAAGAAUAAAGAUUAUGAUUUAUAGUAGAUGAUUAGAAUCAACAAUUAAAUUUAAGGUCUUCAUCACGUUGCUGAUAUUAGGUAAAAUACCAAAAACUAUUUAACCAAAUAGUUG